GUUGCUAACACCUCAAACAUCUAUGUAUAUUAUUCAAACUGUCGUUAUUUUCAAAUUCACUUUUUUGUUUAUUCAUUAUUUUGUUUUGCCCCCAUUUGCUCCAAAUCAUACGUGUAGCGAUGUGCGGCGCGGUGUAGCGCGGAGAUCGACAACAAAGAAAAACAAUAGCAUUAAAGCCGAACGCCAGCAAAAAUUAUUGCUCUCCAGCUAAAUCUCGUCGCAGUUUCAAUUCAGUUUUGAGUUGUUUUCCGUUGGGAACGAACGUGAAUCUUGUAGAUCGCGGACAGCGCGUUUAUCAAUUCGACAUUUGCACACUUGGAAGAUCAUAGUGGUUAGAGAUAAACAAAUUUGUAAGCUUUACACUAACAAAUCAAAAUCUAAAGGGCAUUUUAGCCUAAUGAUAACGCUCGGUAAAUGCAAGUGAGGUGAAAAUUUUGAACAAAAAAUAGUUUUAAAAAAAUUGGCUAAUUGGAAAAUUCACGUGAGUGAGUGCAAGUGGACCUACAAAACAAUUUGAAUUGCUCGCCAAUUGAGCGUUUUACUAAAACUAGUUUUUAUACACAUACAAACGCAAAUGCAGCAGUACCUGUGCAGCUUCAUGUGUAGGAAUUUCUUGUGAACGCUGUCACUCAGUUGCCGGUGUGCGCAGUCGCUGCUCUGCUCUCUGCGCUCUGCUUUACCGCUGCUGUUGCUGUCAUCAUAGCGUAGUAAACACAAAGCAACGUGUAAAAGAAUGUCUCUACAGCGCAGCGGUGCAAAGCAAAUAACGCUGAAGUCAACAAAAAACGUAAGGUAACUGCGCAGCUUAACAGCUACAACAACACCGGGCAAUAUUGGGUUUUAAGCAACAGCGCAGCGCACAAGCGGAAAAAUAAAUACAAAACGGAAACAAAACCAGUGACAGCAGAGUCAGAGACCGGCUGCAGCGUAGAGUCGCAAAGCCAUAGACAACAUUCUCUUCUUUGCCGUCGUGAAGUCAACAACGUAAUUGUCAUGCGAGCGCAGCGUUGAAAUUUUACUAAUAUUUUGCCAAUUGUUCUUACGCGUUUAAUGUUGAAUUUGUUGUAAUGUUAUGUUAAAAUAAUCGUUGUAAAACUGAACUUUCGUGCAACUAUAGAAGUGUGUUUUGUAAAUUACAUUUAAUAUUGAAGGUACAAAAACAAAACAGAAAAACCGAAAUAGCGACAAAAGUGCGAAACAAGUGAACGAGUGAAAAUCGCCUUAUUUACCGCCAUCUUGCAUUUCCGCCGCGUUGUGCCUUUUAUGUACUUGCCUUGCUGUUUUUGCUGCUGAAUAAAUUCAAUUAUGAAAAAGUGGAUCGCCAAAAGUCAGCAACAAUGAAACAAUAUGAAAACGAAUGCAUGCAGUUAUAGAAACAACAGACUAAGUGAAAUACGAGUAAAGUUGUGUUAAAGCAACAUAUAAAUAAUUUCAUUGCGCCGUAUGCGAGAGAAAUUUCUACUCGUUUUUUAAAUUGCUUAAAGGCAUAGAUCUACGCGCAGCAAUAUUUAUGCCUUUAACAACAAUUUUAGCUUGUUUUCAUAAGUUGACGCGGAAACAAACGCUUACUAAGCCUAACCUAUUAAAAAGUAUGGCAGUUGAGCCAGUGUAUAAAAGUUUUGAUUAAAGUAAAGUAAUAAAGAUAUUUUAUUAUAUUUCUUUUUUUUUAUAAAUUACUAAUUUAGUGAUUUAAUAAAUCGUAACAAUAAAAAAUGUUAGACUCGGUUGCACCGAAUCUAUAAUACUUGUACCCUUCAAAAAUACAAAUGAUUCCAAUUCAAACUUGAUUUUCAUCGAUCAGUUUAUAUGGCAGCUAUAGGCUAUAAUGGCCCCAUUUUAAUAGUCUUUUCAGGGUAUAACAACAUAUUUUUGUUGUUUCAUAAAUUUUAACAAAUCGUAUAAGGUAUACUCACCCAUUUCGCGAGUUUUACUUGCACUCCGCUUUCGGCAGAACAACUUCUUACUACUUAAUUCCCUAAGCUGUCUGCCGCGACUAGUUGACUGGCUUGCUGGCUAAUUCGCUAUGUGGCAUUGUUCAGCGGCAAAAAUAGCAAACUAGCAAAAGACGACGUCGCGUUUAAGCUAUCGAUCGCGUGUUUAUGGAACUUGCUUCAUGUUGUGCUACUUUCGUCUGAGAAAAUAAGAAAAUAUUGCAAUUUGCAAGUUUAACUUUCGAUUUAAAGCAAAUUGAAUUGCGGUGAAAUUAACUGAAACUUCUAUGCAAAGUAUUGAUGUAUUGCAUUGAAAGCAAAGCGGUGCAAUAAAAGAAAAGCAAAGCUAAAAACUUCAACAACUACAAAUGUGAAAUUAAGCACUAUUUUCUGAAUUGAUUACUAUUGUUGUGUAGAAUUACAGGUGAAGUUUGAAGCGUGAAAGUGAGCUCCGUCUACAUUUAGUCGAAGCAAUAAAUGCAUAGUGAGUCAAAUAGAUAAAACUGCUCGUGCUAAAGUUGUAUUGAAGCUGUUUAAAUCACAGUAAGCUGCUUAACGACGACCACGACAACAAUACAAUAACAACAACAAUAGUAAAUACAACAACAACAACUACUACUAAAGUAGUUGAACAACAAAAUCGUAAAGCUUCAUACCAAAAGCAAUAAAAAAACAAACCAGUGCCAAAGAGGAGUGAAAACAUAUAACAAGAGGAAUAUAGGAAACUAGAAGAAUUGAGGAAGAUCAGAAAAAUUUUAGGGAAGACCAAAGCAAGAAAAGUAGAAAGGUGAUAAAAACCGCAGUGCACGAAAUAAAAUUGAAAAGAAAAAAAUCUCGUUUUUCGGGUCGGUUUCAAAUUCUUUUCACUGAUUUAACAACCCGUUCGCUUGUGUAACCGCGCGCUCUCUCUUGCUCUCUGCAAACGGACAACUUCUUGAUCAAUUGCUAUUGCGUUUACAGCACAGCAUUAGUUUUAGCUUCUUAUUUGCCGGUUAUAAUAACAUUUCUACUCACAUAUACUUAUAUAGAAUUUUUACUUUUGGAAUACGUCGGCUAAAAGGGAGACAACGAAAUAUACAAAAAAAAAUUAAAAAAUAGUAGAAACAACCAAAUCAAAUUCCAAAUCAUCAGCAACAACAACACUAACGAAAACAACAACAAUCAGCAUCAAUUCAUUUUAUGUUUUUUUUUUUUGAGCGCUCAUUGCCUUUGGUUAGCUUCUCAACUUGACCUUUUUGGUUAUUUUUGUUAAGAGACAAACACAGCUAAACAACAACAGCAAGAACAACAGUCCAACCGAUAGCCACCGGCAGCUGCAGCACAAGCAUAGCCAGUUAGAAAGUUACCAGUAGCCGCAAUAGUGACUAUUCUCCAAUAAUUUUAUUGCCCCCGCACGGAUUUAAACAAAACAUUCACGCUGGAUUUGGGAUACUACGAGGCUGUCAAAGCAUCACAAUAUGAACCCGGCGGUUACUCGUUGCAGGCACAAAAUCGCAAAGAUGCCACCAUGAACCAGCGUGACGGUAUUAUAAAAUUCGAAAAUGAGCGUAUCAAAACACUGCAGGAGGAACGUCUACAUAUACAAAAGAAGACGUUUACAAAAUGGAUGAAUUCAUUUUUGAUAAAAGCAAAAAUGGAGGUCGAAGACCUAUUCACAGAUCUAGCUGAUGGCAUCAAAUUACUUAAGCUGCUGGAGAUCAUAUCGUCGGAGAAACUGGGAAAGCCGAAUAGCGGUCGGAUGCGUGUUCAUAAAAUCGAAAAUGUCAACAAGAGUCUGGCAUUCUUGCACACCAAGGUUCGUUUAGAAUCGAUCGGUGCUGAGGACAUUGUCGACGGCAAUCCCAGAUUGAUUUUAGGUUUGAUCUGGACCAUCAUUUUGCGGUUUCAAAUACAGGAAAUUGAAAUUGAUGUGGAUGAAGAGAAUGAAUCGUCCGAGAAGCGUUCGGCGAAGGAUGCGCUGCUGCUCUGGUGUCAGCGUAAAACGCAUGGCUACCCUGGUGUCAACAUACAAGAUUUCACAUCUUCCUGGCGUUCGGGUCUGGGCUUCAAUGCGCUCAUACAUUCACAUCGACCCGAUCUGUUCGAGUACAGCACAAUUGUCAAUUCGAAGAACUCAAAUAUUGACAAUCUAAAUCAUGCCUUCGAUAUGGCCGCGUCAGAGCUGGGUAUACCAAGUUUAUUGGAUGCCGAAGACGUCGACUCAGCGCGUCCCGACGAGAAGUCAAUCCUGACCUACGUGGCUUCCUAUUAUCACACAUUUGCUCGCAUGAAGAACGAACAAAAGAGUGGUAAACGCAUUGCCAAUAUUGUGGGACAAUUGAUGGAUGCUGACCGCAAGAAAAUCUACUAUGAACGUCUCACUACAAAUUUGCUGAGUUGGAUUAGACAAAAAACGUUGGAACUGCAGCAGCGAGAUUUCCCGAACUCAUUGGAGGGUAUACAACGUGAAUUGCUGGCAUUCAAGGAAUAUCGUACGAUCGAGAAACCGCCAAAGUAUAAGGAACGCAGUGAAAUCGAAGCGCUUUAUUUCACCAUCAACACACUGCUGAAAGCGCUCAAUCAACCACCCUACAAUCCACAAGAAGGCCAAUUGGUGAACGAUAUCGAGAAGGCGUGGCAACAGCUCGAAUAUGCCGAACACAAUCGUGAGGUGGCACUACGCGAAGAGCUGUUGCGCCAAGAGAAACUCGAGCAACUCAAUUAUAAAUUUGAAAAGAAAUCUGUGCUACGCGAAGGUUAUCUCAAAGAGAUGAUACAAGUGCUCUCCGAUCCACGCUACCUGCGACAAGUCGAUGCGACAUUGAAGAAACACGAAGCCAUCUCGGCGGAUAUAUUGGCGCGUGUAGAGCGUUUUAACGAUUUAACUGCUAUGGCCAAUGAGUUGGAGCAUGAGAAUUAUCAUGGCAAAGAGCGCGUGAAGCGACGCGAAACCGAGGUUAUGGAUAAGUGGCGCAAAUUAUUGGAAUUGCUUGAGAAUCAACGUUUGAAUUUGUCACAAAUGAGUACGCUGAUGAAUUUGUUACGUGAAAUCGCCAGCACGACUGAAGCGAUAAAAGAGCUGCAAACACAAUUCGCAUCCGAGGAUGUCGGUCCGCAUUUGCUGGGCGUAGAAGAGUUGUUGCAAGCGCAUUCGUUGCAAGAGCUGCAAGUGAAUACCUAUGGUGAAACGCUGAAACGAUUCAAUCGUCAAGCACAACCAUAUAAGACAUCCGAACAAAAGGAUGCCGCGUUGCUGGUGCAGCGUCUCGCCGAGCUCGAGGAGGCCUAUGCAAUUUUGCUGAAGUUGUGCGCUAAACGUCGUGCUUGCCUUGAGGAGGCGAGAAACUUUUAUCAUUUCAUGGAAGAUUACGACAACGAGGAAGGUUGGCUGGUGGAUAAACAACGCAUCUGCAAGACCGGCAUUACAGCAAAGGAUUUACGCGCCGUACUUUCGCUACAGCAGAAACACAAAGCGCUCGAGGAUGAAAUCAAAGUACGCAAACCGAAAUCUACACAAAUGUUGGACGCGGCCAAGAAGCUCAUCGCCGAGAAACAUCCACGUUCGUCCGACAUCAAGAGUCGUAUUGAGUCUUUGGCCGAACACUGGAAGGCUUUGGAGGAGUUAGUUGAAUUGCGGCGACGUCAGCUGGAAGAUGCAGCCGAGGCGUACCAAUUCUAUACCGACGCCAACGAGGCUGAGUCGUGGUUAAAUGAGAAAAUGGCGCUAGUGAAGUCAAACGACUACGGUAAUGACGAACCCUCUGCACAGGCGCUGCUACAGCGACACCGCGAUCUGCAAGGCGAAUUGAAUGCUUACUCCGGCGAUAUACUUAACUUAAACCAACAGGCCGAAAAGCUUAUCAAAGCUGGCAUCUGCACGCUAGAGCUCUCAGCAGCCGAGCCUGAAAUGCCCGAAAUCGAGCAGGAGGAAUGGGUGAACGAGACGCGACUUGUGCCAAAAGAAGUGUGGGAAGAUGAGUGGGUGGAGAAGUUGGAACACAAGAAAGUAACCGAAAUGAAAUUGCUACCACAUGUGCGUUCAAUGUUCCCCUUCGAGGGUCAAGGUAUGAAAAUGGAUAAGGGUGAGGUGAUGUUGCUAAAGUCGAAAACGAACGACGAUUGGUGGUGCGUGCGCAAAGAUAAUGGUUUAGAAGGCUUCGUGCCGGCCAAUUAUGUGCGUGAAAUCGAACCACGUGCCGUGCCGUGCAUUGUGCCGAAAGCAGAGAAAGUCAAAACACUACAAAAAGUAAAGAAAACGAUCUUAGUGCGUCAAGUGGUGCCCGUGAAACGUAUCAAACCAGCUGCCGUACCACCUAAACCACUUGUUAAGCGACGCAUUUCCUCCAACAGUAUUAACGAAAACGCCGACAGUGUUGAGAAACGUCAAAAACGCAUUAACAGCACAUACGACGAACUACAAGAUACAGCGCAGAAACGUCAUGCACUACUCGAAGACUCUAUACACCUCUUCGGUUUCUAUCGCGAAUGUGAUGAUUUCGAGAAAUGGAUGAAGGAAAAGGAGCGCAUCAUCAACUCAGACGACGGCGAAGGUGUGGAGAAUGCAAAACGUAAAUUCGAAAAAUUCCUUACCGAUCUGUCAGCGGCCUCAAAGCGUAUUGAAGAGAUCGAUGGCGCCGUUGACAAUUUCCGUCGCCAAGGUCAUUCACAGUUGGACAAAAUUAUUGCACGGCAACGGCAGAUACAUCAAAUUUGGCAGCGUCUCAACAACGCCAAAGCGCAACGUGAGAAGAGUCUUGAAGGCGCUUCCAGUGUGGACUUGUUCAAUCGUACUUGCGAUGAGGCUAAGAUUUGGAUGAACGAAAAGAUGUUACAGCUGGAUACGGCGGUAAUUAGUCCUGACCUCAAAACGGUUCAGGCACUGCAGCGACGUCACCAGAAUUUAGAACGUGAGUUGGCGCCCGUCGAAGAGAAGGUGAACCGCGUCAACUAUUUGGGCAAUUCAGUAAAGAAUGCCUAUCCUGCCGAGCGGAAUAAUGUGACGGCACGACAACAAGAGGUCUUGGAUAUGUGGAAACAGGUUCACGGUAAAGGUAGUGAACUACGUGCGCGCAUUGAGAGCGCAGUCGGACAGCAAAUAUUCAAUAACAGUGCUAAAACCUUGCUUGCUUGGAUCGAUUCGGUUAAGGAUCAAUUGAAUGCCGACGAGUCAGCGCGCGAUGUUGAAACAGCUAACAAUCUCUUGAAAAAGCACAACGACCUUGGCGACGACAUUAAAGCACACGACAACGAAUUUGUCGAGGUCAUCAAUUUAGGCAAACAACUAUCCGAUGGCAAACCGAACAUGGAAGAAACCGUUAAGAUUAUUGAGCGCUUGAGGGCGGAACAAGACGCUAUACACCGCGGUUGGGUGGAGAAGCAGAAGUGGUUGCAGCAAUGCGUUGAACUACAAAUAUUCAACCGGGAAGCAGACAAGAUCGAUGCCACCACAAAGAGUCACGAAGCUUUCCUUGAAUAUAACAAUUUGGGCAAUUCGCUCGACGAGGUGGAAGCAAUACUAAAACGACAUCUUGACUUUGAGAAAAGCCUUAUGGCACAGGAUAAAAUUCUUAAGGGUUUCUCCGACAAUGCCGAUAAACUAAUUGCCAACGAUCACUAUGAUAAAAAAUACAUUGACGAUAGACGCAAUCAAGUUUUGGGCAAGAGGAAAGCAGUCGAAGAUCGCGCUUUCGAACGCAAACGUUCAUUACAGGCUUCAAAGGAUUACCACAAAUUCGCCGCAGAGGCUGACGAUCUCGCCGCAUGGCUGAGUGACAAAACCAAAAUCGCCGGCGAUGAGAGUUAUCGUGACCUUAGCAAUUUACCCCGUAAACUGCAGAAACACAAAGCUUUCGAGCGUGAGCUACGCGCCAACGAAGGUCAAUUGCGUAAUGUGAAUAAGGCUGGACAGGCAUUGAUCGCAACAAAUAAUCGCAAGCCUGCCGUAGAAAGCAGAAUGGUUGACUUGAAUCAGAAAUGGAAAGAUCUACUACUGCUCUCUGAAGAUAAGGGACGCAAACUAGAGCAAGCUGUGUCACAGCGCGAACACAAUCGCGCCAUCGAUGAUGCCAAACAAAAAGUCGACGAAUUGGACGCCGCACUCAAGAGCAAAGAUGUUGGUAACGAUUUGCGUAGCUGCAAAGAUUUGAUCAACAAGCAUCAGCUACUCGAAUCUGAGAUAACGGUGUGGGAGCAAAAGAUCGUCGAACUUGUCAGUACUGGCGAUGAAAUGGCGCAUGAGGGUCACUUUAAUGCCGUGCACAUCAAGGACGAAACAAAGGAUAUACAAAAUCGUUUCAAAUUACUACGCGGACCAGUACAGAAGCGGCGUGAGGAACUCGAAGAGAGCUUGAACUAUCAUAAGUUCGUCUUUGAAUUGGACACUGAAUUCCAGUGGAUCAAUGAUCAUAUGCCAGCAGCUAAAUCAAAGGAGUUGGGUCAAAACUUGCAUCAAGCACAGACGCUAUCGAAGAAACAUAAGAAACUCGAAGCCGAAAUUAAGGGGCAUCAGCCGAUGAUCAACAAAGCUUUGCAAGCGGGACAAACGCUUAUUGCACAAAAGCAUCCCGAAAAGGAGAAGGUAAGCGCAUUGUGCGGCAAGUUAGAAGAUGCCUGGGCCGAUCUGAAGAGUAAUUCGAAUGAUCGCAGUAAGAAGCUGGAGAUGUCAUUGAAGGCGCAGCAGUACUUGUCCGACGCCGGUGAGAUUGAAUCAUGGUUAGGUGAGAGAAGCAAUGCAUUGCGCUCCACCGAAUAUGGGCGUGAUCGCGAUUCUGCAGCUAAAUUGCUGACCAAACACAAGACAAUCGAACUGGAGCUGGACACGUACUCUGGUAUUGUUACCGAAAUGGGGCAUAAUUGUGCUGCCAUGGUAGCCGCCGGACAUCCGGACAGUAAAAUUCUUGCUGCGAAACAACAACUCAUUGAGAAAAUGUUGAAAUCUCUACAUAAAUUGGCUUCACAACGGCAAAUGCGUCUGAUGGAGAGUCUCUACAUGCACGAAUAUUUCUUGGAAUCGGAUGAAGUGGAGCAAUGGAUAAGAGAACAAGAACAGGCAGCAUCAUCCGAAGAUUACGGACAAGAUUACGAACAUCUGCAGUUGCUGCAAAAUAAAUUUGAUGACUUGAAACAUCGUGUUGAAGUGGGUUCCGAUCGUGUGAAUCAAUGCGAAGUAUUGGCGAAGAAGCUAAUCGAUACCGAGAGCUCCUACGCCAACGAUGUGGAGAAACGCCAGGAACAACUGAGAGAUUCGUGGGAAAACCUAUUGCAAUUAUUAAAUCAACGCGAGCAAAAGUUACAUGCCGCCGGUGAAAUUCAUCGUUUCCACCGUGAUGUUGCCGAAGCGCUCUUCCGCAUACAGGACAAAAAUGCUGCGCUCUCUUCGGAACUCGGCAAAGAUUUGAAUUCAGCUUUGGCGCUGUUGCGCAAACAUGAAGGUUUCGAGAAUGACCUUGUGGCGUUGGAGGCACAAUUGCAGGUGUUAGUUGAAGAUUCGGUACGUCUCCAAGCGAAAUAUCCUUCAAAUGCUGCAGCUAUUGCACAGAAACAGGAUAAAGUUGUCGCUGCUUGGAAUGACUUGAAAGAGCGUUCGGGUGCGCGCAGCGAUCGUUUAGCCGCGAGCUCGGAUUUACAAUCUUUCCUAACCGAUGUGCGCGACAUAAUGUCGUGGUCGUCGAAUUUGCGUGCGGCGCUACAAGCCGAAGAGCAUGUCAGCGAUGCCGCUGGUGCCACUGCAUUGAAGAUCCAACACGAUGCUAUUUAUGGUGAAAUUGAGGCGCGUGAAGAUAAAUUCCGUUACUUGAAUGAAUUAAGCGAUUCAAUGGUGCAGACAGGACACUACGCUGCCGCCGAAGUUGAGGAGAAAUGUUCGGCUAUGUUGGACGAACGUCAAAAGUUGCAUGCCGCUUGGAAUAAGAAAAAGAUUAUGUUGGAGCAGAAAAUCGAUUUGUUCUGCUUCUUGCGCGAUGCCAAGCAAAUCGACAAUCUUUCAAGUUCACAACAAGCUGCACUCAGCAGUUCCGAUUUCGGUCAAACCGUCGAGGAUGUGCAGAACCAGAUAAAAAAACACGACGAAUUCGAGCGACUCAUUCAGACGCAAGAGGAUAAAGUGGCCUUAUUGCAGGAACAUGGACGUAAACUGAUAGAGCAACGUCAUUAUGACAGCGCAAACAUCCAAACCAUCUUACAAGGUGUAUUGGCGCGCAGACAAAAGGUAAAAGAUCUGUGCGCAGUGCGUCGUUACAAACUGGAAGAUGCGCUACUAUAUGCACAGUUCGUGCGCGAUUGUGCCGAGGCUGAAUCGUGGAUAAACGAGAAGAAAAAGAAGCUGGAGGCGGAUGGUGCCAGUUACGCAGAAGUGUCUAACUUAGAUGAGAAGAUAAAGAAAUUACAAAAACACCAAGCCUUUCAAGCCGAAGUGGCGGCCAACCAGGGACGCAUACAAGAGAUACAAGAAACUGGUUUAAUCCUUUUGACGAAGCAACAUGAAUCUUCGAAGGAAAUAAAACUAGCUGUGGAACGUGUAGUUGCCGCUUGGAAGAGUCUACUCGAAGAGUUGGACAACCGCGGACGCGGUCUUGAAGAAGCGCAAGACAUACUCGAGUUCAACAAUCAGUUAGAUAAGAUUUCUGCUUGGAUACGUGAUAAGGAAAUGAUGAUACAAGCCAGUGACACCGGACGCGAUCUGGAGCACUGCAAUGCGCUCACACGCAAAUUGGACGAUGUCGAUUCCGAUAUGCGCGUUGACGAUCAACGUGUCAAGCACAUCAACAACUUGGCCGACAAGCUCAUCAACCAAGGCGAAGUACCAGCCGAAACGAAGAAUAUUGAUAAACGUCGUCGCGAUUUCAACAGCAAGUGGCGUGACCUACAAGGUGCACUCAACGCUUACCGAGCGCUACUUGGCGAAGCAAAUGAAAUUCACGUCUUCAACCGCGAUGUCGACGAUACAGCCGAUCGUAUUGCCGAAAAAUCAUUGGCCAUGAGCUCCGAUGACACUGGACGCGAUUUGGCUGCCGUCGAGACGCUGAUACGUCGUGAAGAUGCAUUAGAACGUGAUAUGUCGGCGGUUAAACAAAAGAUAGAUGAACACGAACUUGUCGCGCAGACGCUGCUCAAACGUUAUCCCGAUCGCGUGAAGGUUAUUGAGCAUAAAAUCGAUGAAUUGCGCGCAUCCUGGCAAAAUCUAGAAGAUUUAUCUGUUAAACGACGCUCCAUACUCAAUGAUGCCUAUCUGGUGCAUAAAUUUGUAUCCGAUGUAAAAGAACUGGAGCUUUGGGUUAAUGACAUGAUCAAAAAGAUGAACGCCGCUCAAGCGCCGAUGACUAUAAAUGAUUGUGAGACACAGCUGGAGUUACAUCAGGAACGCAAAGUGGAAAUAGACGGACGCGACAAGGCGUUCAGAGAUUUAAAGGCGCACGGUGAAACACUCAGUGGUAUGGAGAAACCAGCUAAUGUCAAGCAAUACUUAAAGACACUGGAGGAGCUACAUAGAACAUUGCACGAAGCGUGGAAUGAACGUGCCAGAGAUUUAACGGAGGCACAUCAACUGCACCUCUUCAAGGCACAGGUGGAACAAGUCGAGAUCUGGUUGGCCAACAAAGAAGCUUUCCUCAACAAUGACGAUUUGGGUGAUUCAUAUCCCGCCGUAGAGCGUCUGAUCAAGAAGCACGACGCAUUUGAAAAGCUAUUGGAUUCAGAUAAUGUAUCGGAAUUGCAAAACUUUGCGCAAAGCAUUUUGGAAGGUGAACCGAAAGACGGUGAUGUGAUUAAGGAAAAGUUGAGCUAUAUCUUGCGUCGUAAGGCAAAGCUCAAUGCCUUGUCACUGGACCGUAAGCAAAAGCUGCUGCAGUCGCUGCAAUUACACGAAUUCCUACGCAGUCUGUACGAAAUUGAUCGUUGGUUGGUGCAAAAAAUGCAAGUGGCUUUGGAUGAGAACUAUCGCGAACCGAAUAACUUGCAAAGUAAAAUACAAAAGCACACCACAUUCGAUAGUGAGCUGUUAACGAAUACAUCACGUGUACAGGACGUAAUUAACGAGGGUGAGCGCCUCAUCAGAGAUGAACACUUUGCCAAGGAGGAAAUCGCCCAACAACUCAAGAUGCUGGAGAGUGAUUGGAAAAAAUUGAAGGCCGCAUCGAAGGAGAAGAGAGAGAAACUUAGUCAAGCUUACGAGGCACAGGCCUUCAAUCGCAACCUCGACGAAUUCAAUAACUGGAUGGACGAAGUUGAGUCACAUUUAUCAAGUGAAGAUUACGGCAAAGAUUUGGCCACCGUUAAUCAUUUGAUUAAGAAACAUGAACGUCUCGAAGCCGAUGUCGCACACCACAACGAGUUGGCCGAUCAAAUCAAACAAACCGAUGAGAAAUUCUUCCAAGCCGAUCACUUUCUUAAGGACGAAAUACACGAUCGCGCAAUGACAGCCAUCAAACGUUAUCGUACACUACACGAACCCAUAGCCAUACGUCGUGAAAAUCUCGAAGAUUCUUUGAGUCUGCAACAAUUCUUACGCGACGCUGAAGACGAACUGCAAUGGCUAACCGAAAAGGAGGCGAUCGCCAAUUCCCAAGAUUUGGGCAGCAGUCUGAUAGCGGUGCAAGUGUUACAGAAGAAGCAUCAAGGACUUGAGGCAGAAAUACUUUCACAAGAACCACUAAUUAAGGCGUUACUACAACGUGGUCAACAAAUGAUACGCGAUGAUCAUUUCGCUAGCGAACAGGUGCAAUACAAAUGCGAUUUGUUGCAGAAGAAACUCGUCAAUCUACGCGACAUGGCCAGUAUACGACGUUUGCGUCUAUUAGACGCCGUGGAGAGUCAAAUGUUCUAUGUGGAGGCAAAUGAAGCAGAGGCAUGGAUACGUGAAAAGCGUCCUAUACUUGCUUCCAGCGAUUAUGGACGCGAUGAGACUUCCGUGCAGUCACAUCAAAAGAAGCUCGAAGUUCUGCAACGUGAGCUGAUCGCAUUUAAAGCUUCGAUCGAGAAGGUCGGCAAGCUGGCGCACGGUUUAGUCGAACGUAAUCACUUCGAUAGUGCCAAUAUAACCACAAAGAAUGACACAGUGAAGAAACAAUACGAAGAAUUACUGCGUCUUGCUAAAGAUCGUGAAGUGCGUUUAAGCGAAAGCAAGAAGUUGUUCGAGUACUUGCGCGAGGCUGAAGAUUUACACGAAUGGAUUGCUGAUCAAAUGGCAGUUACGGCUUCCGAGGAUUAUGGCGAAGAUGUGGAACAUGUGGAACAAUUAAUUUUGGUCUUUGAGUCCUUCGUCUCCAAUUUGAAUGCGAACGGUGCACGUGUACAAGCCUGUCUCGAUCACGGCGAUGAACUAAUUAAAGAAAAUAAUCCUUACCGUGCUUCGAUCAAAACCAAACGAGAUGAGACCAAACAACUCUGGGAAGAAUUGAAGGAUCUAGUCAAUGCACGCCAGGAUGCGCUGGCUGGUGCGAAGCAAGUGCAUGUCUACGAUCGCGUUGCCGAUGAAACGAUUUCACUUAUUAACGAGAAAGAGGCUUCACUUAUCUCCGAGGAUUACGGCCAAGAUUUAGAGAGCAUACAAGCUUUGAGUCGCAAACACUCCGUCUUCGAAGGAGAACUUAUCGCCAUUAAGGAACAGGUCGAUGCCGUGCUUGUAGAAGCAACGAAGUUGGGCGAGAUUUAUCCCGAUGCCAAGGAGCAUAUCGAGGUCAAGCGUGACGAGACUGUCGAAGCUUGGUCCGAUCUGAAGGAGAAAACAAAUGCGCGCAAAGAAAAAUUACAACAAGCAGAGCAUUUGCAGUCCUACUUCGAUGAGUAUCGCGAUUUGAUUGCUUGGAUCAAUGAAAUGUUGGCGAAGAUCACAGCGCCCGAUUUGGCGACAACAGUGGCGGGCGCUGAGUCGUUGUUGGUGAGCGUGAAGGAGCAUCAUGCAGAGAUACAUGCACGCGAUGAGACUUUCACCAACUUCACAGCUAACGGACAGAAAUUAAUUAACGAGAAGCACUUCCUUGCGCAUGAGAUCGAAGAGAAAAUACAAGUACUGCAACAGCGACACGAACUUCUGAAGAAUACACUACAGCAACGCAAAGAAAUUUACGAACUCAACUUGGACACACAAAUCUUCCUUAAAGACGCUGAGAUACUCGAGAACUGGAUAAUCAGUCGCGAACCAUUGCUGAAGGAUGCCAAACUGGGCGACUCCAUACCGCAGGUUGAAGAUUUGUUGCGCCGCCAUCAGGACUUCGAGAAGACGGUCGCCGCGCAGGAGGAGAAAUUCCAAGCCAUCAAGCGUAUUACAUUGCUGGAGCAACGUUUCCGCAAACAAGUCGAAAGCGAGAAACUAGCCAAGCAGAAAGAGAAAGAACGCUUAGAGAAGGAACGUCUAGAGAUGUUGAAGCAAAAAGAACUGCAACGACUUAACGAUGAGCGCCGACGCGCCGAAAAGCAAUUGGAGAAUCGUCAAAAUGCCACGGCACAAGAGAAGACACCCAUCUUCUCAUCGCCCAUGGUCACCGUGAACGCCAACAAUGCGCCGCAAUCGCCCGCCGUUGCAGUCACAACACCACUGCGUUCACCCUUCGACGAGGAUCAGUACUCACUGCAAAAGAGCAGCUCCAGCAGCAUGUUCGGCGAUCGCUUAAGACGCGGCUCCGACACGAAUGUUAAACGCGCCGAAAGUAUGAAAGUGCAACAGAAGCCACCAAAGCGUACACCAUCGUUCACCACACGUCGACGUGCACAAUCGUUCCGCAAGAAUCAGAAGGGCGAAGGUUUCGACCUGCCACCAGUCGAAAUACAAGGUAUGCUGGAGCGUAAGCAUGGCUUACAAUCCGGUGGCAAGAAGGCGCCAGUACGCUCAUGGAAACAAUUCCAUACAGUACUGUGCGGUCAAUUACUGUGCUUCUUUAAGGAUGAAAACGACUUUCUGCAACAGAAGACCGCAAAUGCGCCCGUCAACAUACUCGGCGCCAAGUGCGAACGUGCCGAAGACUACACGAAGAAGAAGUAUGUGUUCAGACUAAAAUUGCCCGAUGGCUCUGAAUUCCUCUUCGAGGCGCCAUCAUUAGAAAUCAUGAACGACUGGGUGCGUAAGAUAUCCUUCCAUGCUAGUCUGCCACCAAAUCUACAACUGCUGAGCUACGACGAAUCCAUGAAGCAACAGUCGAACAGUUUCCCUGAUAUUAAAAUCGCCAGCGCGCAAAUCGAGUCACCGGUCAGUUCGCGCACUUCAUCACCCGACUCCCAACGACGUGCCAUUUCGCGCAACGACUCGAUUAAUAGCGGUAUGUCCACCAGUUCGGCGACGCCACAAAUGAAUUUCCUGCAAAAACAAAUGCAACAACAACAACUACAACAAAGGACGUCACCAUCCUCACCAACGGCACCAUUUGGUUUCGAACAGAAGCCACCAAUACCACCACGCGGUGCACCACCACCAGUACCAAACCGUCAGAGCACCGAGAAUCUGGUCGUGCUACGAAAUCGCAAUAACUCCAGUAACGAUUUAAGCGAAUCCAGCUUCGGCAGCAGCUCUUCGCGUUUGCAAUCCGCCACAUUACCCGCAGGCAUUUCGGGCAUACAAAACGGCGCAAAUGACGACAGCGUUGUGCUCAAGCGCAACAGUGAGGCUAGACAAUCAGAAAAUCCUCCACCUUUACCUACAACCAUGCCACCUAUGGGAAGCGCCCAUGCUCACCAUCCGCAAAUACAACAACGCAUAAAUGCCUUGAAUGCAGCCGCUAUGCAACAACCACACCAGCAACAGCAUCAACACCACCAUCACCAACAACAACAACCACAGCAGUCAGAACUUCACCAUUCGCCCAGCAACUAUAUGCGCAGCCAACAGCAGCUUAUGUCGCGCACACCCGUGGCCAGUGGUCGCACAGAUGCCUCGCGCAAAUUCAUUGAGGUCGAGUCAAGCGGUAUUGGUAACUCGCCGACGGUCACCGCAGCCAAGCGUACGGUGCAUACAACAAUUUCGACCAGCUCGAAUUCAAGUGGCGGCAGUAGCAGCAACACUAGCUCGAAUGUCAGCAAUAAUAACAACAACAACGGUAAACAUAUGUUGCAUACGAACAAUACGGGGUCGAAUGUAUUAUCGACAACAACAACAACAACUACUACAACGGCAUCUAGUCGCACUGUGUGGCAUUUCACAACCGAUAACAACUCCAUAAAUAACCCGAGUUACAUGGGCUUGAACAAUAACGAUGGAACCGGCUGGGGCACAUCACGCUUCGAUGGCAAUCGGCCAGUUUCACUGCAACCGGACUCCAUAAGCUUCUCGCGCGUUUCGGCGGAAAGCUCCAGCGAAAGUGAGGCGCAAUCAAUCUCCUCCGUAUCCGGUGUUAAGGGCAGCAAAAGCAAAGAGGAGCGACGCAGUGGCAUGUUCCGCAUAUUUGGCCGCAAAGGUGGCGAUAAAGAGAAAGAAAAGGAUAAACGCCGCUCCAGUCAAACACCCAACAAUUAAACGAAUUAUUUCACACAAAAAAAAACAAAAAGCAAUUGUAAAUUAUAUGCGAAAUGCAUGAAACGAGCGAGCGUUACAUGAACCACACACACACAUACAGAGAUAAGUAACGAGAGAAAGAAAAAUUAUAAAUAAUUAACAAUUGGUAGCAUUGGAUACGUACAUAUGUGCGCAUGCGCAGCUCCAACCGGCGUUAAUUUGCAAUAUACAAUAAUAAAUGGGAACUUCGAGCAAACAUACUUGUGUGUGUGUGUUUGUAUUUGUAUUUGAUGAUAUGGCUGAGUAAACCAGUUGCCGGUGGAAGAAGAGAAAAUUUAUUUAUUUUAUAACUUUAACUUUUAUGAAAAAAUAUUAACGUUGUUAUUUUAUAUAUAUAUAUACAUACAUACCACUUACAUACUACAUAUAUAUAUUUUCUAAUUAAUAAACCCUUUUAAGUCAGCAAGUUUUUCUAUCAUUCUAUUAUUAAAAGUAUGCAAAAGCUAAACAAAACUAUUUUAAAAAAAUGUCUAAUUUAGUUGAAAAUACAUAAGUACGUUGUCGUAUUGUACACUUUUUUCGCACUUUGACUUUCCACUUAGCAAAAAGCGUAAUUUCCGAGAAAAAAACAAAAGAAAUCUAUGAAAAGUGUUUAAUAAAAAGUACUUCACAUUUACAUGUAUUGCUUGUAAAAGUUUAAAUAUUUCAAAUAAGCCACUUAAAUGUCGAUUAUUUAUGUUUGAGAGAAAUAUACACGCAUUUGCAAACGUAUUGUAAUUUUAA